AUGAACUCGGCCAAGCGCAACCAGGUGCGCGACACGCCUUAUGUCAAGCCCCCCUUCAUUGAUGUCCCAAUGGGUCGUUUCCUCACAUACCUCUCCCUCGGCCUGCUCGCCCUGGCUUCCUUCUACGUCUGGCGGAUCACCGUGUGGGCCUCCGAGGUCGGCGGCUACUGGAACCUCAUGACCGGACGGCGUGAUACCCUCGUCGACGUUGUGCAACAGGAGGCAGCUAAGGCUUCUGCACGCGAGGACAAGUUUUCCUCCGUCACCUCCGCUUCAGCGGCGGGUGCCUCCUCGGGCCGUGCUGCUCGCGGCGCCGCGUGCCCUCCCUGCGAAGUCCCCGACCCCAGUGUCGAGUCUCUCGUCCUUCAGCUUGCCGACAAGCUCGGUGUCAAGCCCGUUGAGCUCAACGCUGUAAUUCGUCCCCUUCUCGACCCUUCCGCGCCUCAGAUCACUGCCGAGCCCAAGGCCGACCCCAACGAGCCCGGAAUCCUAGACGUCUUUGGCGAGGCGCUGCUUGAUUAA